UGCUCCACCUUGUAGGUCCACAGAGAGAAAAAGACAUUUGCUGCAUUGAGGCUAUGCCUCGUUUUCCUGAAAACAUAAAUCACUGUGCAAAUGUUCUCCUUCUACAUAUCUGGUGCCACCCACAGAGUGACUCUCUCACUCAGCAUGAUGUUCACACAUAUGUGGCUAGGGCAGCGAUGGGCACUUUUACAUUUAUUGUUGGUGAUAUCUGACUCUGUGGCUGAGGACUCUGAAUGCAGGCAGACAGGAUACGUUGAAAACCCUCAGCUAUUUAAAGAUGGAGACAUGAUGUUGGGUGGACUCUUUUCUUUUCAUUCGAACUGGAUAGAAAUAGAGGAAAACUUCAUGGAAAAACCAAAACAACUUCAGUGCAUAAGGUAAACUAUGCUGCAGUAAUCUAUUUAUGACAUAAAUAUCUUAAAAUAUUAAACUCCUGGGUGCAACAAUACGAUGAAAAAUGUACAUGAACUUAAAAUAAACUGUUUAUAUUAAUGAUGUUAUAUGCUGCAUGUCAUUCUACUGCAAUGUUUUUAUUUUCUGAAGACCCCAUUUAUUGUACCAAUUAUUUGAAAUUGUCUGAAUGAAGUUUAAAUUUCAGAGAAUUCCAGUUAGCCCAGGCUAUGCGUUUUGCUAUUGAGGAGAUAAAUAAUAGCUCAGAUCUACUACCAGGGAUUUCUCUGGGCUAUAAUGUGUAUGAUACCUGUGGCUCCAAUGCCAGAAGCAUAAAAGCUGCUCUGGCAUUGAUUAAUGGUAAUGAAAACGAUCCUGCAACCCUAAAGGCAUGUACCAAACCUGCACAAGUUCAGGCUAUAAUGGGAGAAGCCUCCUCCUCUCCGAGCAUGGCGAUAUCCACCGUUAUCGGACCUUUUCAUAUCCCACUGAUCAGCCACUAUGCUACAUGUGCUUGCCUCAGUGAUAAAUCGAAGUACCCAUCGUUUCUCAGAACCAUACCCAGUGAUCACUAUCAGAGCAGAGCUCUGGCCCACUUGGUCAAACACUUUGGUUGGACUUGGGUUGGAGCUAUAAGAUCAAAUAAUGAUUAUGGGAAUAACGGCAUGGCUAUUUUCACUGAAACUGCCCUAGAAGUUGGAAUUUGCUUGGAGUACUCUCUGCCUUUCUUUAGAACAGAUUCAUCAGAAAAAAUACAAAAGAUCAUCGACAUUAUCAAGGCCUCAACGUCAAAAGUCAUUGUGGCUUUUCUUGCAAACAUGGACUUGGAUGUCAUUAUUCACAAGCUGUCAGCCAACAACUUGACGGGUUACCAGUGGGUCGGUACUGAGGCAUGGAAUUUCGACUCUCAAACUGCAAAAGGGGAUGCAAAUCACAUCUUGGAUGGAGCGAUAGGGCUUUACAUCCCUAAAGCACAUGUUAGUGGGCUUGCAGAAUUCAUGCUGGAUGUGAAGCCACUUAAUUCAUCAAAUGAUGGUUUGUUCACAGAGUUCUGGGAGGCUUUAUUUAGCUGUAAAUUCAAACUUUCGCAGCCUGGAGAGCCUCAGAGAGAAUGUACCGGUCAUGAGGAUCUGACUGGAGUGGAAAACAUUUUUACUGACAUGUCACACAUGCCCAUUUUUAACAAUGUCUAUAAAGGAGUGUAUGCAGUGGCCCAUGCUCUGCAUAAUAUUCUUGAGUGUAAAGAAACAUGUAACAACAGUGUGAAGCUAGAGCCACUCAUGAUUCUACAGCAAAUCCGAAAGGUUGCCUUUAAGACGAAGGAAGGAGAUGAGGUGUACUUUAAUGAGAACGGUGAUCCAGUAGCUAAGUAUGAGAUUAUCAACUGGCAGCCAAGAACAAACGGCCACGUGGACUUUGUCACAGUCGGUGUUUAUGAUGCAUCUUUACCUGCAGAGAAACAAAUGAAUUUGCAAAAUAAGUCUUUAAUUUGGGCACAAAGGUCUCUUCAGGUUCCUGUAUCAGUUUGCAGUGAACAGUGUCCUCCAGGAACAAGGAAAGUUCUGCAGAAAGGAAAACCUGUGUGUUGCCAUGACUGCAUUUUGUGUGCUGAGGGAGAAAUAAGCAACAUUACAGAUUCCAUCUCUUGUGUGGGAUGCCCCCCUGAGUUCUGGUCAAAUGACAGAAGAGAUGCUUGUGAAACAAAAGAGGCUGAAUUUCUCUCAUAUGAAGAGAUGAUGGGAUCACUUCUUACUGCCGCCUCCUUAUUUGGAACAUGUCUGACUGCUGCUGUAGCUUUCAUUUUCUUCAGAUACAGAAAAACUCCUCUAGUCAGAGCUAACAACUCCGAGCUGAGCUUCCUGCUGCUCUUCUCCUUGACUCUGUGUUUCCUCUGCUCUCUGACCUUCAUCCGACGUCCAUCAGAGUGGUCCUGCAUGCUUCGCCACACAGCUUUCGGCAUCACCUUCGUUCUCUGCAUCUCCUGUGUUCUGGGGAAAACCAUGGUGGUCCUAAUGGCCUUUAAAGCUACACUUCCUGGAGAAAACAUCAUGAAAUGGUUUGGGCCUACACAGCAGAGACUCAGUGUUCUGGGUUUAACUUUUAUACAAGUGAUCAUAUGUAUCCUCUGGCUAGUCAUUUCUCCUCCUUUUCCAUCAACAAACUUAAAGGAAUACAAAGAUAAAAUCAUCUUGGAGUGUUCUCUGGGUUCAGCUGUGGGCUUCUGGUCUGUGCUCGGGUACAUUGGACUUCUGGCCGUGUUGUGUUUCAUUUUUGCUUUUCUGGCUCGUAAACUACCUGAUAAUUUUAACGAAGCUAAAUUCAUCACCUUCAGCAUGUUGAUAUUCUGUGCUGUAUGGAUCACUUUCAUCCCAGCCUAUGUCAGCUCUCCUGGAAAGUUCAGUGUCGCUGUAGAAAUCUUUGCUAUUCUAGCUUCUAGCUUUGGUUUGCUAAUUUGUAUCUUUGUUCCAAAAUGUUAUAUAAUGUUGCUAAAACCAGAAAGAAAUACAAAGAAGAACAUGAUGGGAAAGGGGACACCAAAAUCCCCCUAGAGCAGAAAAGCGUGUUUUAGAAGGCAUUUCAAAUGUUCUUCAUCUUUCUUUUCAGGAAUCUGUCUUAAAAUUAGUUUUUCAUGAGUCAUUGUAAAUGUGCAGAGGAACUAGAGCUCUAGUUGCUUUUUUUCACUGACAAAUAUAAGUUUAAGGUAUCAAUAUUUUUUUGUAGUGCAUGCAUUUUUUUAUUUUUGACAUAUGGUUGAAUGAGUUUAUUUUCCUUGUAUUACUUAAUGCUGUCUGUACUGUAAUCCAUCCAUCCAUGGUGCCUAUCUCCGCGGGUCAAUGGCCAAUCAGGCAGGGUGCACCCUGGACAAAGUGCCAGUCCAUUGCAGGGCAACACAGAGACACACAGGACAAACAAUUAACCUAACAGUCAUGUUUUUGGACUGUGGGAGGAAGCCGGAAUACCCGGAGAGAACCCACGCACGGACAGGGAGAACAUGCAAACUCCAUGCAGAAAGAUCCCAAGCCGGGAAGCGAACCCAGGACCUUCUUGCUGCAAGGCAACAGCUCUAACCACUGCGCCACUGU